GCGCAGUUGCCAGGCAACGGCUGAGCACAGACGCCCUGAGCGACGCAGAAACCCCACAAACUGAUGUUUGAGGCCUGGACUACCUAGGCAGAGGGACCGGCCAAGACUGAGUAGCGGGCCAUGGAACCCCGCGACGUGAAAGAAAGGGAGGAAAGGGGGGAAGAGGAGGAGGAAGAAGAAAUCUCUGCCUCCACACUGCGGGGCAAACCCCGACUUCUGCCCAUCUCAGCUAUGCCAGCUUUCAGCUACAUCCCGCCGCGGCGCCAGGACCCCAAGGAACUCAGCUACUUCAGCCGGGAGAGCCAGACAGGGAUCAUCUCCCUCUAUGACUGUGUUUUUAAGAGGAGACUAGAUUAUAAUCAGGAAUUACAUCGAGAUGACAGAGAACACGCCAAAAACCUGGGGCUUCAUAUUAAUGAGGAGGAACAGGAAAGGACUGUGCCGGUGCUGAUGUCCUCUGUCUAUGGGAAACGCAUCAAUCAGCCCAUCGAGCCCCUGAACAGAGGCUACGGCCGUGUGAACCAUGUGCAGACGGACUUCUACCGGAAGAACGACAUCCCCAGCAUCAAGGUGCCUGGGUUUGGGCACAUCACUCCAGCCUGAAGCAGCCUGGCGGCGUAUGGGGCACUUUGAGGUGCGCUGCCAGCAAGCAAGGUGGCACAGGAAGGGGGGGCUCCAAUCUCACUUUUACAUUCCUGUCACCUAUAGCUGCAAGGAUGCACUGAGACCAUGGGGGUGGGGAAGCACACGCAUAUCUAAGGUGACUUUGGCUCAGAAUUUGGCCAAGUACUUUUCCUCGUGCCCAAAAGCCCCAGCGCAAGGAUUUCCCCUGGAUUUAUUUAAAAAUCACACCAGCUGAUUCAUUCUGAGCCCCCAAAUAAAAGAAAAGUUUGCCUCC